UUUUUCAAAUGUCUUCUGACACGAUUCUUUUCUGGUGUAAACGAAUGACAAUUUAGAACAUGUUUUCUUGUUAGCAAACAUUCUAUCAAGGAACUACGCGAUAUCGCUUCAUGAACGAUGGCUACAACAAAUGUGUCAUACCAGCAAAGAGUCUGCUGUUGAAGCAUUUUACUAUGCACGAUUCUCGAAGCUUGAUUCAAGCCAAUAUAAUCAAAUUGCUGGUGUUCGUUCGUUCGACAGAUUAUGUACCAAAAUCAUUGCGCGAGGAUGACGAAAACCAUGUACGAUUGAAGAAGAUGAUUAUGGAUUUGAAAGUGAGCCAGGCGGCAGCUGGAAUAACUUCAGAAAAGGCCUUAGAUGCAAUGAAGAUGAUGCUGUUGACUGAUUCAGCUUCCAGAAUCAAGCUGCGUGAUUCUUCACAAACAUACUUGAAAAAAGUAUUCCUGUGUAAUUUGUCUACUGUGAGCAAGGUGGGCGUUGCGACUCUGAAAUGCCUUAUGACGUCGGUGGAUUUGCAGGGCUUUAUACGUAAUGAUUGCCUAUGCUCACAUUACCCUGCCUUCACCAUACUCCUGAUGCAAAUCCUCCAGGCAGAUGCAUACGUCAGCCAACUCUCGCCCAAAUAUUUAUUCGAUCCUAGACCUCUGCUGGCCGAAUGGCACUGAACCGAGUUUUUCUAUAACUGGACUGGAUGGAAGAUUUAAUGUGGUUGAUAACACACGUAAUAGUUAUAAUGAGAAAAAAUUUUAGAAGACCAUAGAAAAUUAUCUAGGAGUUUUAAAAGGUUAUUUUAAAAUGUCUGCAAGUGGCUAUUUUAAGAACACCUUCCAUCCAGGUAUGGUUACCUGUUACUGUUUUAAGACUAUUUUAAGGUUUAAGAAGAAUGUAAACACAUAUUUUUGUGAAAUGGUUAAAAAUGUUUCAUUAGAUUAAAUGACUUACAAAAUUACAUUAAAAAACUUUUCAGUUUUAAUCAUUUAAUGACAUGGUCACUUAAUGGCCAUAUUAUGAAUCCACGUUGUUCGGUUUUUUCAAGCAUAAAUUACUAUCAUCUAGAGAAAAACCAGCCAUAUUAGCAGACCUCUGAGUCACUCACUUUUUUGGUUGUUUCCACGAGCUUAAUUAAGAUGUUGAACCAAUAAAAAAAGCCUAUAUGCUGGUUUAUCCCGGAAAAUGCCAGUUUAAGUGUAGUUAUACACAUCCCUCUCUAGAGGGAUUAAAAAAAACAAACGAGUUUCAUUCUACAACUGUGAACCUGUCAGCAUUACAUCAAAAACUGCGAUUAUGUGUUUAAUUUUUUCAUUUUGUAGGCCCACCAGUGGCCAAGCGAUAUUCGUGCCUUGAACACUGGGAAUUAGGUCGUGGAUUCGCGCCUCGCACGGACGGUUUUCCGGGUUUUCUCCAUGUCUGUAACACCUAAAUAGGAACAAGUUUCCGUUAAAAAGAGCCCGGAAGGCAUUCCCUCGACAGAUCGCCCAAGUGUUGCGUUGCUAUAACUUAAUAACAAUAAUAGUAACAACAACAUCUUCAUUUUGUCUUCUUUCUAAUGACAUAAAAUACUCGUGGAAUUCCAAAAGUGCUUUUUUUAUAUGUAUUUUAUUGUUGUUUGAUUUAAAAACGAGAAAAUAAACAUAUUAAAUUAAAGAAAAGCUGUAAAUUAUCUGCUUACACAGAGUGACAUCGGGUUUAUGUGAAAUUUGAGAGGAAGGUGUUACUUUUAGGGCCGGGGGAUGAUCAGUGUAGCUCUCACUGACUACUACCACCACUACUAAUACUGAUAAUAAUGUCAAUAAGUCGUUAAUUGUUUUGUUGUCUUGUAGACAUUGUAACGAAAAAUUGCAGUGAAAAUAUUUUCAUAAACGUGAGUUAAAUACAAUAAAAUGAUUUUAAUGAUUUUAUAGCAUGUUGUUAACGUUAAGGCUGUGUACACACUA